AUCAGCUGAGUUUUGAUCCUAGCAAGUUACAUCGGUUCGCUUUCCUUAUAAAGGUGGUCGUGCAUAGCUUUGUCUCGGCUUCCCUAAGGACAAUUUCCCUAAUUGGAGCUUAAUUCAAAGGGUACAUUUCAGGAUUGUUAAGAUCAUAUACAGUUUACUCCAAUCCUACGUCUAUAGCCGCCGUGAGCAGCGCCAUUCUGCUGUCCGUCGUCAUAAGUUGUGGCGGCACAAGUGACAGCGUAGACGUAUAUACGUAGGAAACAACUAGACGUGACCCAUUCUGAUUCGGGGCGAGCGACCGGCAAUGCAGCAAACAGUUCUCCGGAGCGCUACCGGGCGGGCCUGCACACGUAUUGAGGCCUCAGCCAAGUCAGCGGACACAGCUCGUGUAGUUCCGAAUGCAUCAGUAUCUCGGCGCAGCGCCCUCAUGGGCAUGGGUGCUGGACUAGCGGGAUUCAUGGCGAGCACCAGCGGCGCCCGCGCUGCCGGAACGCCCCUGGCAGAGCUGGUCAAGCCGCUAGCCCGCUCGCUGGACGCCAACGGGGACGGUCUGCUGGAUGUGGACGAGAUGCGGGGGGCCCUGCAGCGCACCAUGGGCGUGUCGGUCCCCCGCGAGAGCGUGGCGAGGGACGUUAUGGCGGUUGUGGACUUUAACGACGAUGCUGACGUCAGUGUGGAUGAGUUCGCUCGCGGGUUGUCGCUGGAUCUGGAGGUGGACGAGCGGUGGAUGCGGCUGAUGGAGCGGGACGGCGACCCAGGGGUCAGUGCGGCGGAGCUGGCGGCAGGGCUGGGCGACCUGGGCGAGGAGGGGCGGCGCGUGCUGCCGGUGGCGUUUGACAUGGCUGACAAGGACCGCGACGGGCGAUUGAGCCGGUCGGAGGCGGCUCACGCCAUGCAGCUGGUGGCCACCGGGGUGCUUGGGGACUUUGCGGACAUGCAGUGAGGGGGAG